AUGACCUCUCAAGAUGACGGCGCUCUCGCUAUCGCAAAUACUCUCUAUCCACCCCCUCCCGUCUACUUUGCCGAUUUCACCGAUUCCAACUUGGCCCGACUUUCCGAGCUUGGCGGGGAGGCCAGCGGUACAAACAAAGGCCGUGGUCUCGAUCCCAAGGCGGAAUCAGGAGAUGACUCUCCCAUGGUCCACACUGGCGAGCUGAACGCAGCUGAGCAGACCGAACUCGCUGAGCUAACACUUAAACUCACUUCCCCCAACGUGAAAUGGAUCGAGGAGGAUGGGAGAUGGAUGUGUUUUGGGCAGAUGUAUACGGUGGAUCCGGUCAUCCCCACAGCUGAAUCCAUCAAUUUGAAAAACUAUGUCGACCCAGUUGAACCACCUCAAAUCUCCCUCCCUCCCAUCCUGCACUCUUUCCUUCACACUCUGAUGUGUCUGAUCGACACCUUGACAGUCCCUGCCCGAAUACCCGGUGAAUUGGAAGCGAAGGGUUGGUCUCAUGAGGCUGAUGAUCGGUAUAUCCAACAUAUGACCAACUUGGCCGCCAACAUGAUGGUUGCCGCUAAUCAACUGAGAGGUGUCCAAGCAGAGGCGACGCUAGUGUUACUCAUGGAAAAGCAAGUCGCAGAGAGAAAGAAGCAGACCGAGACAUUACGAGCGUGA